AUGGAACCCGGCAGCUCGACCGGAAGACAACACAUACGAAGUACCGGCGACUUCGACGGAAGCUACUUCCCCGAGCCCCUAGUCGCGAGCGGCGCGCAAGAUCCUUCGAAGCCAGACGUCAAAUCACCGCUAAGCGAUGAUGAUUUCUCUGCGUGGGAUAUGCCGGAAGACAAGCCUGCUCAAGAACAGCAACCCGUGUCCUUGAACUCCGUUAUAGCAGAUGUGACCCCCGAUGCUCUUGGAGACGACAACACCACAAAUGUCGACAUUGAGCAUAGUACAACGGAAAAUAAAUCCCCGGAAAUUAUACCUGAAACCACCUCGAAUAAUGCUGCACACACCCAGCCUGAAGCCAAUAGUACAGUGGACACAGCACAGGAAGAAAGCUCUGAAGCGGACGCAUUUUUUGGGUCCAAUGAUGAGUCGGUCGAUUUCUCACAGCUACUGGCGGCGGGUCCUGAACCGGCACAAGGAUUAGCUCAACCAGAAGAGCCUGUAGAGGAGGCGCUCAAUGAAGCUGUGGCGAUUGAAGCUACGCCAGUUGAAGUAGAGCCUACAGUUCAAGCUUCCCUUUCGGAGACUUCCUCGGAUUCCCCUCAAGCAGAUCCCUCCUUAGUUGAGACAGCACAAGAUACACCUCUUCUCGAGGAGCCUUCAACCUCAUCAAUCGAUGCAGUAUUCGCAUCUAGCGAGGAGACGGAAGAUUUCUCAGCUUUACUAUCUACCGGUGGUGAACCCACUCACGCUUCGCUACAACCUGAAGUAUAUGAAAGUGAAGUGCUGCCCGUUGAAGCGCCUGCGGAUAUUAUGGAAGCUCCACCCGUAGCAUCUUUAGUUGAUGAACCACAAGAGCCAGAACAUCAGCAAGAUACCGCUGCUGAGGAGGUGACUAUAGAAAGGUCACUAGAAGUAGGUGCCCAGCUGCAGCCACACUUUGAAACUUCAGAACAAUCGGCAGCUACAGAUAUCUCAUGGAACAACCAAGCCGACGAGUUGGACUCUGAUGGCGACGACUUUUUCAAUCAACUCAAAACCCAGACCAAGCCUAUAUUUGCUCCUCCAGAGGCAGAGUCGAGAUACGAAGAAGGCGUUCCCUUGUUAGAGGAAGAUGGUCCCGAUUCUCCUGAUCGCGCUUUGUUUGACGACAAUGCGACUAAUGAUCCCUUUGCUCACGACGAGGAUGAUGAUGCGGAAGGGUUCUUCGAUUCCUCUAAACAAGCGGACGCCGACAAAGAGCCCUCUUUCCAUAUUACUCGUAAGAGCACAAGUCAAGUGAUGGAGUCAGUUGGGUUUGAUAUCGAGUCCCCAGUCAGCGAAAUCUCAGCAGCAGCCCAAUUUGAGGAUGUUAUUAAGGCUGCCGCAUCUGACGAACAGAAGGUUCAACCCCAAUCAAGCACAGUUGCUCCUUCAGAAGAUGAUUUAGCCGCUCGUUGGGAGGCAGAGCUAAGCGACGCGGAGGAAGACGAUCUGGCUGCGCGCUGGGAAGCCGCACUUGAUCUAGACGACGAUGACGAGCUGGAAGAUGACAUGGUUGAAAAUCAACAACCUGCUCCACAGAGUCCGUUGGUGUCGUCUAAUGGUUUCGGUGCCACGGUUUUGCAUAGCCCCUUUGAGACGCCCCAACAACGAGAGACACCUCCCAGACCAAUCCCCGGUGUAUACACACCUCAUCAACCUUCCACGGGAGAUUUGGUGGGAGGGGUUGGCAUCCCAGGUGCUCCGCUGCAGAAUCAGAGCAUGCCACCAUACUAUACGCAGCAACCACCAAACCCUGUUGCUACCAGGGGAGAGAGCUUUGCCGAGAGAUCAAAAGAAGGUUACAAGUCACCUUAUGAUCUUCCCGAGGGCCUCUCGCAACCUCGACGUCCUAUUGUCACUCAUAGGGCCCCUCCCCCCCAAGGUAUACCGAGCACUGCUGCGGUUCAUCAUGGUAUUUCAGCUGCGCCUGCGCCUGCAGCUACCGCUCCGCCACCUGCACCAAAGAAUUUCUUUGAAGAGCUUCCAUUGCCUGCCCCGAGGUCUCGUCCUGCUAGCUCAGGACGCUAUACUCCUAAUCCUACAGGCCCAAUGCCAACUGCGCCAUCACUCAUUUCGCCCCCAACAAACUCAUAUGCUCCUGUCGCACCUCCCGCUCCCGAGGCCCCUGCUGGCAUGCUUCAAAUUCAAUCUUCGCUUCAACCGCCCGAGCUCUUGGACCCGUAUGCUUCUAGUGGGAACCUAGCUUCAAGUGCCCCUGCAGGCCCUAAUGCAAAUUCAAGAUAUUCGCCAAAGCCUCCUAGCUUGCAUCCUUCGACCAAGCCGCCGUCGUUGCCAAGGUACUCGCCCGCACCUCCGCCUCCUUCAUCUGCCGGUCGGAACCGAUAUGCAUCGCAGCCGCUGAGUGUUCCUGGGCAAGGUGCCAAUUUGCCAUUCCAGCCUCGAACAUCUAGUCCCCUUGCAUAUCACGAGAAAGUAUCGUAUCAUCCUGAUGAGAACCAUCAGCAGCUCCCAGCUCCAUCUCUUCAACCAUCGGUUGAUCUUUCUCCUCCUCGUCAAAGACCUAGUGUUGAUCAAGGCUCGGGCUAUGCUCCUCAGCUAUCUAAUGGGUCCCCUUACUCUGCUAGUCAAGGUGCAGGAAGCCCGCCAGUCGCUACUCAACACACACCGCCCCGCUAUGCAGCCCCAGAAUAUCUCAACGAGUUCACGAAGCGUAUGGCACCUAGCAAUGAGUAUACUCCUGUCCCUGCAGUCACAGAAGUGCAGGUCUCUCCACCGAGUGAAUCGGGUUUCAUUUCACCCCGAAGAUCUCAGACUCAGUCUCCUGGUCAACAAUUGACAAGCCCAAAAUCAUUCGUGCCCCCCAUCGAAACGCUGCCACGUCCAGCUUCGGUGCAUGGCCCCGGCUCACCCACAAAGGCAGUUAACCCAUACGCCCCUCAGCAGGCUGCAAGCCGUGCUCGUGCAGCUUCUCGUGCUUCCCAGCAGCUCGAAUUCAUUGCACCUACAGAUGGGCAAGAACAGGAUCCCCUCCAGCGCUGGAAAGGUGCUCCUAUUUUCAAGUUUGGCUUUGGAGGAGCUGUUGUUUCCUGCUUUCCCAAGCAUAUCCCUCGUUACUCCGCUGGUAACCCGGCACCAAUGAUCAAGCCCACACUUGGUGAGCCUAAAUACUCACAGCUCGACUCAUGGCUAUCACCUACUGAUACCAUUGUCCCUCACCCCGGACCCUUGAAAGCUAAGUCCAAGAAGAGGGAAGUCUUGUCCUGGAUGUCAAGCAAGAUUGUCGCUUUUGAGAAUGAGGAGAUCCCUGGGUUGAAUCAAUUGCAACCUGAUUCGCAAAAACGCCACGAAGAAAAGAUUCUGCUGUGGAAGAUAACCAAGAUUCUUGUUGAGCAUGACGGCGUGCUUGAAGGCUCUCAUGAAAUCCAGAAGUCCCUCCGCCAGGUCAUUUCCCCUCAUCUUUCAGAGGCGCAGCCGGAAUCUUCUUAUGGAAAUUCUUUUGGUGUACCUAGUGGUUCCCGGCCUGUGGCUCUUCCAUCCCAAGCGGAUUCGAUUGAUCCACAGUGGGGUGAAGAGCUUCAUAACAAUCUACUUCUUGGUGAGCGAGAAAAGGCCGUCUGGAGUGCUGUCGAUAGACGUCUUUGGGGACAUGCGAUGAUCAUCGCAUCCACCAUGGAGAAGUCCAUCUGGAAGCAAGUUGUACAGGAAUAUAUCCGCCGUGAAGUUCGAUCCGCGACAGGAGGUGCUGAGUCAAUUGCAGCUCUCUACGAAGUCUUUGCUGGCAAUAUUGAAGAGAGUAUUGACGAGUUGGUACCACCAUCUGCACGAGCUGGGCAUCAUUUGAUCAGCAAAGCAGAUGGCCAGGGUCCCGCAAAGAAUGCCCUUGAUGGGCUCGAGAGCUGGAGAGAUACACUUGGACUUGUGUUGAGCAACCGCAGCACUGAUGACCACCAGGCCCUAUUGGCACUUGGUCACUUACUGGCUUCUUAUGGUCGUGUCGAGGCAGCACACAUCUGCUUUAUCUUCUCUCGUAGCGUUGUGUUUGGUGGAGCCGAUGAUCCCCAAGCUAAUAUUGUCCUCCUUGGAGCUGAUCACCAACGUUUCCCUUGCACCUUGCUCGAUGAAGACGCUAUUCUCUUGACUGAGAUCUACGAGUUUGCUACGUCUAUUCUGGCCAAUUCUCCCGUCGCCAACUUGCCACACUUGCUAGCCUUCAAGCUUCUCCAUGCCAAAUGCCUUGCUGACCGAGGUCGCAAGACAGAGGCUCAAAAUUACUGCGAUUCCUUGGCGGCAACACUUAAGGCAACUACUCGUCCAUCGCCAUAUCAUAAUCAGUACCUGUUUGCCGAAAUUGAAGAGCUAUCAGUGCGUCUUCGUCAAACAGGGGGCGAUGGUGCUUCAUCCUGGAUUUCCAAACCAAGCAUGGAGAAGGUCUCUGGCUCCAUGUGGGCUCGCUUCAAUAGCUUCGUUGCUGGUGAUGAUAGCGAUGCAGCAUCAACAGGGUCCGGCAAAGCGGCUGAGGCUGCAGAGUUUGGUCCAUUUGCGAAUGUAGCUGGAACCCCAACCGUGAGUCGGUCUCCAUCUGUGUCUGACAUAUAUGGUUCUUACCCUGGAGCCGGAUCACAGCCAAUUCCCACCGGUGCUCCUUCCAGAUAUCUUCCAUCGAACCAAUAUGCCCCGAACGCAUCGCCGGAACAAUUCCGGGGUCGAUCUUCAAUGGAUUCCCAACGGUCUGUUUCUGGUGGUCUUUCUUUUGGGCAACGUCGCAUGUCCCAGGAACCUGAAACCCCCGUGGAUUCUGUUUUCCAGGGCGCACCGAUCUAUGGAUCUCCGGGUACUGUUAACUAUCAGCCCACUCCUCCUCAGUCCUCCUACAUGCCCCUGGCUCCAGUAAAAGAGGAUGCCAGUCAAUCACCAGCUGAGAUGGCCCAGCCCGCAGUUAACGGGUUAUUCUACCACCCUCCCGGGCAGGAUAAUGGCGCUGCCACUCAAUCUCCUUUCUACCAAGGCCCGCCUGGUAUGCCGCAGGCAGAAAAUUCUGGUUACAUGCCCCCUGCGACCACUAGCUCCUACGAUCCUCCCUCCUAUGCACCUGAUAUGAGUGUUCCUCCGGAGCAAUUAGCCGAUGAGGAAGAUGAAGAUCCCAAGCCCAAGAAGAAGGCCUUCAUGGACGAUGACGACGAUGGUGAUCUCGCUGCACGAGCUGCGGCUCUCAAGAAGUCUCAAAAGCAAGAGAAUGACCGCCAGGCAGAUGAGGCAUUCCGAAAGGCGGCAGAAGAAGAUGCCAAACGCGGUUCUCAGCAGUCACAAAAGAAGGGGUGGUUUGGGGGCUGGUUUAGUGGCAAGAAGGAAGCCGACAAUGUAGGCGGUGGUCCUAUCAAAGCCAAACUUGGCGAGGAGAGCUCUUUCUAUUAUGAUAACGACCUCAAGAAGUGGGUUAACAAGAAGGAUCCCAACUCUGGAGGCUCUGCUCGUGCUACUCCUCCCCCUCCGCGCGGCUCCGCUCCUCCCAGUCGAACCAGCUCUGGCAGCAUGCCCCCUCCACCUGCUCCUAUGUCAGUCGCCUCUGGUAGCAGACCCCCAUCCUCUUCCAGUGAUGCUGCGCCUUUUUCCUCAAGUCCCGCCUUCUCUGGACUAGGAGUUCCGCCUCCUAUGCCUCGCUCAGUUUCCUCCAACGCGGCUUUAUCAUCGACGCCACCAGGUGGACCACCUCCGCCUCGGCCUGCUUCCUCUUUGAGCCACGCUCAGUCCAUCGAUGAUCUUCUGGGCGCUCCGGUGGCUCGAAAGGGUGCAAACACUGUACGCGGCAAGAAGAAGGGUCGCUACGUUGAUGUUAUGGCACAGUGA